UGGCGGCGGUGGGCGGGGCUACAUUCUGCCGCUAAUAGCGCCGUACAAGUAAGUUAAUGCAGUUUGGUAAUUAUUUAAACAUUUUUUGUAAUAAUUUAUCGAUUGUAUUUAAUUAUAUAAAUGCAUACUGAUCGUGCAAUUAAACAUGUUCCUUAAAUAUCAUCAUAUAAAGUAUGAAUGUGACAUCAAAGCUGUAAUUACUCGGUUUAAUAUCUGUAAAUUAAUGUAACGCUAUUAAUGUAACGUUUCAUAGAUGGUUAUUUAAAUAUAUAAUAAUUAUUAUUAUUAUUAUUAUUAUUAUAAUUAUAAAUCCCGUGUACACGUGCUUUAAUCAGCGAGGCAAGUGUGACUGUUUGUAACUUCCUGUUUGGACCGGACACAAUCUGUGCACCUGAAGCGAAGACAUCUGUGGUGUGAAGCUGUUGGAAACAACUAUUAUAUGAAAGUUCUUAUUGUUAUUAAAGCAGACACAGAGGAUGGCUGAAGGUGUGAGGCGAAGGAGAAAGCUGAAGCCCGUGGAGGAGGCCAUACAGUUUUCACUUGAACAGAAAGACAAGAAUGGACUCGAGGGCAGGUUCAUCAGUCAUCUUAAAGGGAGGGGUGUGUUCAGCUGUACUGACUUUGAGAAAGGAGAUUUCCUGCUGGAAUACAGAGGAGACCUCAUCAGCAAAGAAGAAUGUGAGCGGAGGCAAAGAAUAUAUCACGAUGCACUUAAAGUUUUCAUGUUUGAGUUUCGCUACAAUGGAAAACUCCUCUGUGUCGAUGCAGCCCGAGAUGACGGUUCUCUUGGGCGGCUUGUAAACGAUGACCAUAUUAACCCAAACAGCAGGAUGAAGACGAUUCGUGUGGAUGGAAAACCUCACUUAUGUUUAUUUGCCACAAGGAGCAUCUGUCCUGGUGAAGAGAUCACAUAUGAUUAUGGUGAUUCUGAGUGGCCAUGGAGAUGCACGACUCUUAGUGUGGUUGAACCGUCCACUCUUGAAGUCAACACACUGUCCCAGUCAGAAGACACAGACGUAGAGAAGCUGAAAGUUGUCAGUGAUCAGUCAGAGUUGGACUUCAGUAUCUGUGCAGCCUCUGAAGGACUGGAAAAGGUGACUCUGAAGAAGGACCAGUUACUAUUGGAUGAUCAGGACUGUGUUGAGAAGAUGUCACCUGUCAAAGAGCAUGUGUGGAAUGAGGAGCAGAGCUUUUGUGCCCCAGUUGAAGGAGUUAAGGAGGUCUGCAGACAUGUUGUGGUCACUUCAGCAAUAUCAAGCAUGGAUAAAUGUGCUGAAUGUGUGGGACCUGUUGCAGCUCUCAAGUGGAUUGGCCUGAGAUGUAAAUUGUGCUCCAGUUUUUGGCAUAAGUCCUGCUAUCUGAAGCUCCAUGAAUGGGAUGGAAGACGGUCAUUGUGUAUGAGAUCAACAUGACCGAUUCUGAUGACAGUGAUCCUGAAGAAAGUGAAUCUGAUGAUGAGGCUCUUGCUGGAGCUGCGGGAAACUCCAGUAAUGCUGGUGUUCAGAAGAUGCCCAUUGAGAGCACCACUGAACUUCCUGAAGAGAGUGAGAGUGAGGCAGAAACUGAAAACCCACGGAGAGGGCAGAAGGUGUCCUGGUCAAACGCUGAAGUUACAGCUGUAAUGAAACAUUUUAAGGGCCAC